GCCUGCGCGAGGGCGGGGCCUGGGGGUUGGAGGUCGGAGGUCAGAGUGUAGUUGUGGCGGGAACCGAGGCGCUCCGGCUGGAAACCUGUCUCUUCUCUGGAGCGAAGAGGCAAGGAGGGAAGGAAUGGGAAGUGAGGCUGGGAAGAGACUGAAGGGAUCAAGAAGAAGCCAAGAAGGCUGAUGUGGUGACAGGGUGUGCACAUAUCUUGAGAGAAAGGGCUUAUGGCUACCUUCUUUCUGUGACCUUCUAUGUCUUCUCAUGGCUCCUGUGAAGAUCAGUCAUGUGGUGUCGUUCUCCUCUCAGGACUCCAGGUACCCUGUGGAAAACCUGCUGGACCCAAAUGAACCAGUAAGACCUUGGCUCAGUUCCCCUCGGGACCACAGUGGGCAGCUCAAGGUGGAGCUGCAACUAGAACGAGCUGUGCCCAUCAGUUACAUUGAUGUGGGGAAUUGUGGCUGUGCUUUCUUACAAGUGGAUGUGGGACGUUCCUCCUGGCCUCCAGGCAGGCCUUUUCUGACCUUGCUUCCCAUGGCCACACUGAUGUCACCUGCUGACUCCAAACUGGGAAAGAACCGUUCCGGGGUCCGUAUGUUUAAAGACGGAGAUUUCCUGGCCCCAGCAGCAGAUGAGAGUUGGGAUAGGCUUCGAGUGACCUGCAGCCAGCCUUUCAGCCGUCGGCAGCCCUUUGGUCUCAUGUUCCUUCGUGUGCGUUCUUUGCUGGAACCCAGAGAAGCCCCUGAGAGUCCUCAAGCACCUGACCACAGCCAGGUGGAGUCUUCUGCACAAGCGCCUGAAGCCAGCCCUUGGCUUGCCAGUCCUGCCAUCCGGAGAACAUUCUUCCCAGAUCCACAACCGAGCCAUGGGCAAGUGACUGAGCUCAGAAACCGCCUACAGCAGCUGCAGCCUGGGGCUUUGGGGCGCUCAGCCCGCAUGGUGCUGUCUGCUGCCUGCCGGGCUCUUCCAUCUACCUCAGAGAGGUGCCACCAAAGAGAACCAUCACCAAACCACACAGACAGCCCAGAUGUUCCUGAGGCUGAGGAACCGGGGCCACAGGAGCAGAAUUCAGAGAAUGAAUCAAGAAGGACAAAGAGACGGAAGCUACCAAACUCAAAGAGAAGGCCUCCAGCUGCUGCAGGUCCUCGGCAGUGCAGAAAGAUGAAACCACGAUGUCAAAAGGCCCGCCAGCCACAGACAGGCAGUGACCCCAGUCCGGAGAGUGGCCGGUGCCCCAUCUGUGCCGGGUCUUUCACCUUUAAAGACCUUCCCCUCCAUGCUGCCACCUGUGGAGAGAGCUCCCCGCCUCAUCCAGGCUCACCCUCUUCCUCCUCGUCCCCAUCUUGGACUCCAUCUUCAUUGCACCCUGAGCCCUCUCUGGAGAUCACACCACCACCCCCCUGGGUGCAAUGCCCCAUCUGCCAGUGCUAUUUCCCAGUGAGGGAGGUGGCAUGGCAUGCCAGCAGGUGUGGGGAACCCCCUGAGAAUCCUUGGAUGAGCCUGGACUAGACCUUGCCCUACAUGCUUUGAUUUCCUACACCCAGCCAUUCUGCUAGAUUCCAGGAAGGUGGAGGUACAUGCUACAAGCUAAGUCCUUGAGGCUAGGGGUCCCAGCCCUCCCCCCACUUCCAUUUUUAUUUUACCCUUGGUUAUGGAAAAGCAUGAAAUGGCAGAACUCAGACCUGUGGGAUUGCUGAUAACAUUAGGCUCAGCUUCAUUAUUAUUCUGGGUUGCCAUGACAAUUGUUGCUAGGAUACUCGUUCUCUGCCGACAGUUCUGCCUCUCUCCAAGGGAAGUCAAUUUAGAUUAAUGGAUAAACAGACUUGGGCUAUGGUGUUCUGCCUGGUGCCCCUCCCCCCUGGUAGGAGGAAAGGAACUCAGCCUUGUUUGAAAUGAUUCUACAAUGCGGCAGAACAUGUACUGCAAUAUUAACCCUGUGUUUGCCAUGUUGCAAGGGAGGAAGAAACAGUGAAGAAUUUUUUUUUUUAAUGCAAAAACCUCAUGUUUAACUCCAGGUCCUCUGGGGAGCUGCAAGUCAGAACAGUCCAAGAUGCCUUUUAAUUAGUGGUCUGACUGUGUGACCUGAGUAACUCAUGAAAUCUAUUGGAUCUCAGUUUGCUCAUUUUUAACUAAGAGAUUAUUAUCUGCACUUCUCAGUAUUGCAGGCUUUUUGCAGGUACCCUGCAAGUUAUGUCAUAGUCUGAAAACUGAUUUGUAAACAAUAGGCAGUAAUCUUCACAAAGUAUUAGAGACAGACUUGGAGAAAGCUUCCCUCUUUUGCCUCCAGUAGCCUAAUGGGACAAGGGGAUGAUGGAACAGAAACAACUAUGAGGAGGAGAAAGCCCACAAGGAGAAGCAGAGCAGUGGGGAGAGGGCUCCCCUAAGAAAGGGCCCUUCCCUCCCUCAGGCCCAUACUGAGAUAAGAACAGUUGGACAUUGAGCCACAUGGAUGUCUCCAAGAAGGACUGGAGGAGGAAGGUUCAAGCUGAAGCAGGUUCAAGCUGCAUCUCAAGAUUUUUCUUCUCCUCUUCUAAUUGACUUCUUUUCAUCACCAGCUCCUCAACCUUUAAUCUAUGGGUGAAAUGAUAGUGGACAUAAAAUUAGACAAAGUACUGGGAAAGUUCAAAUGAAUGAAUAAAUUUUAAAAGCAUUUAUUAAACAUUUAUCAUGUGGCAACCAAGAUGCAGAGAGGUCUGGAAACUUUCCCAUAUGGGGACUGGUUAAAGGCAGAACUAGGACCAAUGAUAGGAAGGUACAGAGAAAACAAGAUUCCCUUUAAUAAAAGGAAAAACAUUUUGAAAAUGGCAUUGUUUUCCUAAACUAAAAUGGACUCUGGAAAGGUAUUGCAUUGCCCAUUACUAGUGGUCUUAGAAGCUGAAUGACCACUUUUUGAGGAUUUGGGCACAAGUAGGAUUAAACAACCUCUAUGCUUGUGCUCAAAGGACCCAGCCAAGCUUCCUCCCAUCCUGCUGUUCUUCCCCAGUUGCUGUGCCAUGUUUGGCCUGCCCUCCCCUCCACCUCAAACUUGCUCUAAUACACGUGUUUGAUCUCCAGGUCUCUGAGGGGCAAAGCUGGAGCAGAGGAUGGGGCGCAGCUGGUCUUGGUAGGGGGCAGGGCCCAGCCUAGGGCGGGGUCUGGGUGCAUAAGAAAGUGUUGGGCAUCCCAAAGGGAGCAAACAGAAAAAGAAGACCAGAAAGGUAUAAGCCAUGGAUUCUCUCACGGUAAGGAACUUUGCCACUGCCCCUUUCCAUGGCUUCAUUGAAGAUCUCAUGAAAUCUCAGCAUAGGGCCUGCUCUCCCAGAAAGAAAGUCAGCUACUAGACCAGAACUGAAUUUUUUUUGGUUGGGGGAGAUUGGAGACCCCUUCAUCUUUUCAAUUUAGAGUUAGAGAGUGACAAAACUAAGGACAAGAGGGGAUAUAGACCUAGAAAUGUUGGGGUCCUGUUUGGGGGAAGGUACUGGAGGGUUUGGAAAAGGACCCAGGAUAGCAAUUUCCAGAAGCUAUGGGCUACUGUGUACCUGUUUGUUUCAACUUCAGGGAGGAGGCCUUGGACUGGAGAACUCCAGGGAUUCACUGGGGUAGAGGAGAAGCAGCUGGCAAGAAACAACAACAGGGAGUAGUAUCCUCACUAUUUCAACUUAUACUUGCUUGUCCCUAGAAAAGGGGCAGCUGCAGAGAUCAUUUCUGGCCUAGGCUCAUUCAGGGACUGGUACCAGGGUUUCAGCUUUAACAGUGGAAGGCACCUUGGGGAGCAGAGCUUUGGCAGCCAGGGGUCUAAGCUCGUAGCCCAUUAUAUCAAGUAGCCAUCAAGGGAAGGAAGAGGUAGGCAGGCCUGUCAAUCUUUGUUCAUAGAACCUUCUGUAAUUUAGUUUAUCUCCCUCUCUUCCCAUGAGGCCCUAAGUUAGGUUGGGUUGAGUGAAAUACAGAGGUACAUAGAGCUGGGCAUGGUGGUGCAUACUUGUAUUCUUUGUUGCCAAAGAUUCUGAGGCUGGUGGAUCUUGAACUUGUUAGUUCUGAAUAGCAGGUAUAGUAUAUAGCAACACAGCAGGGCUAUGCUGUUGGGUGCUCCCACUCCACUAAGUUUGGUGCUCAUGUAGUGAUCCCUCAGGAGUUAGGGGGGAGGGAGCAUCAGGUUGCCUAAAGGGGAGCCUAGUUCAGAAAUAGGAGGUCAAAGCUGGGUAGAUCACAAUGGAAUCGGGCUUCUGUAUGUGGCCCCUGGAUAAGAUAAGGAGAUCUGGUCUUUAAAAAAAAAAAUUUGUUUUUAAGCCACCGAAGUGCAUAGAGAAAUCUGAGUCCUGACUCCUAUCCUUUACAAAAUAAAACGUAAGAAAUCUUA